AUGGCGGCCUCACACACUGCCCCACGGAAAAUACCCCGCCUGAAUCGAAUCGCGGAUGCCCUCAGCUCCGCCGAGCGGUGGCAAGCAAUCACAAAACGCGACACAACAGUUAACAGCUUUGUCUACGCCGUCCUUACAACAAAGAUCUAUUGUCGCCCUUCCUGCGGUGCCCGGCUGGCCCGGCGCGCGAACGUCGAAUUCUACGAUACCCCCUCCCAAGCCGAGAAAGCAGGAUUCCGGCCCUGUAAGCGCUGUCGACCACACACGGGCGGUACAGCAGCACAAAGCAACCCACAAGCUGUGAUGGUUGAGCAGGCAUGCAAGAUUAUUCGAGAACAAGUCGCUGCAGGGCUGAAGCCCCGACUACACGACCUGGCAGUUCAUGCAGGGCUGACGCCAAGCCAUUUCCACCGGGUGUUUAAGAAGUUGCUCGGCGUUACGCCGGGGCAGUAUGUGGAUAGUAUGGUUCAGAAUGGUGUUUGUUUAUCACCUGAGACUUUGUCUGAGGGGACUUUGUCUGAAGUUGAAACAUCUAUGACCCCUUUGACGGCGAUGCCUUCGCCGCUUGGGUUUGUUGGGGACGGAAUGGAUCUGAAUUUAGAUAUUGGGCGAGGUUGCGCGCUUCCUGACGGAACCCCGGCGGCUCGGUUGGGAGAGAUUCCUCCUGGCUUUGCUGACGGUUGGAAUGAGUUUGAUGUUUUGUUGGCGGCGGAGGAAAAAGGGGGUUCAUUGGGCUCGGUCUACAUUGAUCCCCGAAUUCUUUCUGCGCCUUAA